UUUCUGCUGGCAGAAGCACGCCUCAUGCAAUAGACGAUGGAACCAAAGAAACCAAGAACAAGAUAACGAGAGUUGCAGCUAUUUUUAUUGGCCCAAAACUUUAUGGAUUGUAUAGUUGUGUUUCACCAUCAAUUGGUUCCUCGUAUUUCAGUCGGCCAACGUUAUAGCUUCAGAACUGUUGAUGCAGGAGUAGGACUAGGGAUAUACGGGAAGAGACCAUUCGUUUCCACUUGCUGGGCUGUUGGGGUGCCUGGAGGCUUGUCUGAUGAGAGCUCUAGUUCAUCGCAGAUUAAUCCAAAUGGCUCUCUCUUCAGUGCCUCAGAUGAGCCUUCUUCAACAACUUUCGGCACCUUGGAUGCUGAGAUAACACCUGAAACAAUUGAUUUCUUUGUCAGUGAUGCUGAGGGCGAUCCUGAUUGCCCCACUGCAGGCUAUUCUUCGAUUGAACAAGCCCUGAAUAUGUUGCGCAAAGGAAAGUCUGUGAUAGUUGUAGACGAUGAAAAUGAAGAGAUUGAAGGAAAUCUUGUGAUGGCUGCAUCUUAUGCGAAUCCACAAGCUGUUGCAUUUUUGUUAAAACAUGGAUCUGGAAUUGUUUCAGUAGGAAUGAAAAGUGACGAUCUUGAGAGGUUACAGCUCCCUUUGAUGUCACCCGAAAACGAAGAUGAUUCUUCUGCUCCAUCUUUCACGAUUACAGUGGAUGCCAGAGUGGGCACUACUACUGGUGUAUCAGCUUCAGACCGGGCUAAGACAGUCCUUGCACUCUCAUCUCCUAGUUCCAGGCCCGAAGAUUUUAGAAGGCCAGGCCAUGUCUUUCCCCUCAAGCAUCGGAAUGGUGGGGUUUUGAGGAGAGCUGGACAUACUGAGGCUUCUGUUGAUUUGGUUAUGCUGGCUGGCCUGCGGCCUACAUCUGUACUUUCUGCAGUUGUUGAUGGAGAGGAUGGCUCCAUCGCAUCCUUGCCUUGUUUAAGAAAGUUAGCCCUGGAGCAGAACAUCCCAAUUGUCUCAAUUACGGACUUGAUCAGGUACAGGAGAAAGAGGGAAAAUCUGGUUGAAAGGACAGCAAUUUCUCGUUUGCCGACUAAAUGGGGUUUAUUUCAGGCUUACUGUUAUCGCUCAAAGCUUGAUGGAACAGAACAUAUAGCAGUUGUAAAGGGGGAAAUUGGAAAUGGUCAAGAAGUCCUAGUAAGGGUUCACUCUGAAUGUUUGACAGGGGAUAUUUUUGGGUCAAGGCGAUGUGAUUGUGGAAAUCAGUUAGACCUGGCAAUGCAGUUAAUUGAGCAAGCCGGCAGGGGAGUUGUUCUCUAUCUCCGGGGCCACGAAGGGAGGGGUAUUGGCCUAGGUCACAAGCUUCAGGCCUAUAACUUGCAAGACCAAGGCCAUGACACUGUGGAAGCCAAUCUUCAGCUUGGUUUUGCAGCAGAUGUACGCGAAUAUGGGAUAGGUGCACAGAUACUACGUGACAUCGGAAUUCGUACCAUGCGCCUAAUGACUAACAACCCGGCCAAGUUCAUCGGUCUGAAGGGCUAUGGUUUGGCAGUUGUUGGACGGGUUCCAGUUUUGACUCCCAUCACCGAGGAAAACAAGAGGUAUUUGGAAACUAAGAGAGCAAAGAUGGGGCAUAUCUAUGAAUCCGGCGAACGAGGACUAUUGGAUGCAUUUAUUAACCCAGAUAUUGAUGAAAAUGAUCCUCCUGAGGAAAACCAGAGAAAAUGAAUGAUCACUUUGGUUUCAUAUAAAAGCUCCUCUCCACUUUGUGGUUUUCUGGGUCCUUUUUUUCGUUUUUAUGAAAUAGUCAUUGUUGAAAAUCAUUGAUCUUCUGUAUGUAUUUACUGCAGAAAUUUAUUUGAUCACUUCAGGUUCACAGAUACAAAAGAGAUAAUAAAUCCUCUCGGGGAAUGUUACCACGAA